AUAAAUAUGUGUCUUCUAGCUAUUUUUUUUUUAUUGUCGGUUAUAGCUUAUUGUACUGUUGUGCUACAUAGGAAUUCUAUAGAAAUGGCCGAACAAACCGACCGACCGCGCAAGUCGCUCAUUCUCAAUGCCUUUGUUGAGAUGUGUAUGUCUCCUCUUUAAACAGUCUCAAAAAAAUGAAAAUUGCCCUUGCUGAACCAUCAACAGGCAGCGGCCACCAAUCGCCCGGCCUCUGGACACACCCAGAAGACGAAUCCUACCGCUUCAACGACAUCGACCACUGGAUCGAGCUCGCGCAGCUUCUCGAGUCCGCGAAAUUCCACGGCAUCUUCAUCGCCGACGUGCUGGGCGGAUACGAUGUAUACAAGGGGCCCAGGAACCUCGAGCCGGCGAUUGUGUCUGGGGCACAGUGGCCUGUGAACGAACCCCUGGCUGUCGUGCCUGCGAUGGCGGCUGCGACGAAGAAUAUUGGAUUCGGAGUCACAGUGACGACGACCUACGAGCAGCCGUAUCAUCUGGCGCGUAGGCUGUCGACUGUUGACCAUUUGACCAAGGGGCGGAUAGGAUGGAAUAUCGUCACUGGGUAUCUCGACUCUGCGGCGCGCAAUCUGAUCGGAAAGGACCAGCCUCAGCACGACGACCGCUACGCCGUCGCAGAAGAGUACAUCAAAGUCGCCUACAAGCUCUGGGAGUCAUCGUGGCGCGACGAUGCCGUGGUCCUGGACCGCCAGCGCCGCGUCUACACGGAGCCCUCGCGCGUGCGCGAAAUCAACCACGAGGGGAAGUACUUCAACGUGCCUGGUCCUCAUCUAACGCAGCCGAGUCCGCAGCGCACGCCGGUGAUUCUGCAGGCGGGGACAUCCAAGGCAGGCAAGACGUUUGCGGCGCAGCACGCCGAGGCGAUCUUUGUUGCUGGGCAUAGUCCGUCGGUUGUGGCGAAGAAUAUUGCGGAGAUUCGCGAGCUGGCGAAGACGGAGUACGGCCGGGAUCCGCAGAAGAUUAAGUUCCUGGCUUUGCUUUGUCCUAUUAUUGGCAAGACGGAGGAGGAGGCUCAGGAGAAGUUCAAGUAUUAUCGCAGUCUGGGCUCGAUUGAUGGCGCGCUGGCCCUGUUUGGUGGCUGGACGGGCAUUAACCUGGAUGUUUAUGGCGAGGAUGAGGAGCUGCGGAAUGUUCCUAGCAAUGCUAUUCGGUAUGUUCAUUCCUCACUCAAGUGCCAGGCGAUAUCACUGACAGGUGCAGGUCCGCCGUCGAGGGCUGGUCCAAGGCGACGCCCGAAGUCCCCAGAUGGACCAAGAAGACCGUCGGCGAGCACAUCACAGUCGGCGGACUGGGCGCAACGCCGGUCGGAACCCCAGAGCAGAUCGCAGACGAGAUGGAGCGCUGGGUGCGCGAGGCCGAUGUCGACGGCUUCAACUUGGUGAGUUGCGUUUGCCGUUAUUUGUGCGCAUUGCUAAUUAUCCAGGCGUAUGCCGUCAAACCCGGCUCGUUCAAGGACAUCAUCGACCUGCUGCUGCCCGUGCUCCGAAGCAGGGGACUGUUCCAUGACGACUAUGCUGCUCCCCGUGGGACGUACCGUGAGAACCUGUACAGUCAACCCGGGCAGAGCGGGCCUCCCCCGGACCACCCAGCUGCGAAGUACCGGUGGCGCGCUGGUGUUGACAAUCACGAAAUCCCAGAGUAAAGGAGGCUGGAUGAGCAAGGAAAGGAUGUUGAGGCGCAGUACAUGUCAGUUAUGAAAUAGCCAAUUAAAACACCACAGAUCCUGCAGGGUCUGCCAGUGAUAAUAAUAUAACAUUGAGAACGAGCUUAUGCAUGCAUCAAUACGGCGGCAGGCUGUGCAGGCCUGCAGGCAACCGGAUUGCAGAAGAUACUCGCAUGGU